AUGCCUUCCUCGUCGUACUUCUCCAAGCUGAAGUUCUUGAUCGUUGCAGGAGUUGGCCUCUUCGGUGAUGGGUACUUGAACAUUUCCAUUGGACUUGUCGUCCCAAUAAUCGGCUACCUCUACUUCGAUGACGAGAAGAACAAAAUUCCCACUAUAUCUGGGGAUCUUAUCAAGUCUGGCCUCGCUAUUGGCAUGGUGUGUGGUCAAGUCGGCUUUGGAGUCUUUGGUGAUGCUCUCGGGCGCCACAGGAUCUAUGGGAAAGAACUCAUGUUCACAAUCUUCGGUACUUUGAUGGUCAUUCUCAUGCCAUGGGGCCACAUUUCUCACGAAAGCGUACUUGCCUGGAUGACUGUCUUCCGCAUCGUGACUGGAUUCGGUACUGGAGGAGAUUAUCCAAUGACUUCGUCCCUAUCUGCUGAACACACUCCAAUGGGAUCCCGUGCGAAAUUUGUGGCAACAAUCUUUUCCUUCAUUGGUCUUGGCAGUAUGACUUCAAGCAUCGUCUACCUGGUGCUUCUAGCCGCAUUCAAGUCCUCGGUCAACAAGAAUAUCCACCACCUUCAAUGGGUCUGGCGGUUGCUCUUUGGCAUUGGCCUCAUUCCUCCCACCUGCACCUUAUACUUUCGCUUGACGAUGCCUGAAAGCAAGCCCUAUGAAAAUUAUGUUGCAAAGGAGACGUCUCUGAAACACAAUGGCCAGCGAGGCCUUCAUCAGCAAUGGCGAGAUUUCAGAGAAUACUUCUCCGAAUGGAAACACGCCAAAGUACUGUUUGGUGUCAGUGCAGCCUGGUUCCUCUUUGACAUUGCAUUCUACGGGAUCAACCUGAACCAGUCUAUCGUGCUAUCGAAGAUUGGCUACGGCAAAGCCGACACACCGUGGGGCACUCUGUGGAAUACGGCCGUUGGUAACAUCAUCGUUUCUUCUGCUGGAUACCUUCCUGGAUUCUACAUUGGUAUCUUUCUGCCCGACCUUGUCGGAAGAGUCAGUCAACAAUUCUGGUGCAGUGUUGGCGUCGUCAUUCUCUAUGCUAUCUGGGCCAGCGUAUCCAACCACACUUCUACUGGAGGACUCGUCACCAUCUUCACUCUGUCUCAACUUGUCCUGAACAUGGGGCCAAACGUUUCGACCUUCCUCUUACCUGUCGAGGUCUUUCCCACCCGUGUCCGAGGCACCGCUCAUGGCAUCGCCGCCGCUUCAGGGAAAGCCGGCGCUAUCGUCACAUCUUUUGCAUUUGGCUCUUUGACUGACGCCAUCGGCCUUCCAGGCGUUCUCGGAUUUCUCGCGGGCAUCAUGGCCCUAUGUGCCGCUGUGACUCUCCUGAUCCCUGAGACAAAAGGUCGCACUAUUGACGAGAUUGAGCGUGGCGUUUUUUAUGGGAAAGACAACAGCGUGCUGACUACGAGCGCUGAGUCUUCUCCUGAGCUGGAAGGCCGCGAUCAGAUCUUCCCCAAGUCAGCCGAAGUUUAA